AAUCUGCUCAAGAGUGCAGAACUCAUUCCAGCCACACUGGGAGGCAGCCCAAAAGCUUGUGUGGGAGGGACUGUUUCACAAUUAUUGCACGGAGAACAAGCCGGCGAUGCGGGUCUUUCCAAAAGCAGGAGUUGGUAUGUGAACUGGACGUGUCCUGAGGCUCUGGGGGGCUCUGGGGUAAAGGCGAGAAAGGAAAUCAAAUGGCAGAUCUAGAGCUUCUUUAUUUAGAAAAAACCUGCAGGCAACCCGAUCCGCCGACCAGCCCUGGCUGUGCUUUAAAUCAGCAGAGCAUCCCCAAGCCAAGCAGCUCAGGUGGAAAGUCAGCCUGCAGGGAGGAUGAGUGCAGUCUGGCCCAAGGGACAGCUGACUGCCAAGGGCAAGGCGAUGCUCCCCCGAAAAGCGGUGUGGCGUGGGACGGCGACGUCGUAAAGAUGUGCUGCGACGACGAGCUGGAGACGUCCUUCACCAGCGAAGAGCAAGACGUGGACCUGCGGCGGCCCGCCGGAGGCCCCUUCGGGCCGCCCUGUCCGAACGAUGGCAGACAGGAAGUGAUGCGGGACCUCUCGUCCAUCUCUGACGACGAGCUGGCCUCUCAGUCCUCGGAGAAAUCGGUGGAUUACGGCUUCAUCAGCGCAGUGACCUUCCUGGUGACCGGCGUCUCGCUGGUGGUCAUUUCCUACGCGGUGCCCCGCGACGUCAGGGUGAGCCCCGACGCGGUUUCCGCGCGCGAGAUGGAGCGGCUGGAGAAGGAGAGCGCCAGGAUAGGGGCUCACCUGGACAGGUGUGUGAUCGCGGGGCUCUGCCUGCUUACGCUGGGGGGUGUGGUGCUCUCCACGCUGCUCAUGGUCUCCAUGUGGAAGGGCGAGAUGUACAGGCGCAAGGCUUUCGCGUACUCAAAGCAGUCGGCCAAACUGUACGGCUCGGUCAAUUUCAGAGCGGGAUCGAGUCCAACUCGGUCGUCCCCACACCUGUCUGAGGACGAGGAAGACGGAUGCAUCCUGAACUGACACUGUGGAGCACUGGUGCAUUUUUAUCGGUGAUUUUAAUGAUGCAAUUCCAUUCCUGGUGUCCUGGUUUCAGUGCCUGGUUGCUAGGGGAAAAAGCAUAAUAACUGCCGCAGAGCUUUUAAUACCUUUAACUGUUACUGACCUGCGUGGAGCCGUUUUAAUGAACGUUCAUGUUACACAUGACUGAGAGCUUUAUCUGAUGACUGACGACAAGCAGCUGAACUGCCUAUUAUUUAAGUUCUUAUCAAUAAGAAAAGCUCCCCGGUAAGUUUGUUAUACUCUGGAAAUCAGUUGUUUCUUCUUGUGGUUGUGCUUUCACUUGUUUCGCAAGAAGGCAAAAUAAACAUGAGUGAGUGUUUCCUAUGGAGAA